GGCACUUGAGAGUCCAGGACCAGUACACAGAGUAGUCGCGCCACUCGCGACUCGCGCCAGUCGGCACUCGGCAGUCGCCCGUUAUUCGUCGAGCGCACUGCACGUGUCACGUCAUCGCGCGUAACCUCACAGCCAUGUGGUGAAGUGAAACUGUCAAACGUGAUACACUUUCGUACACACCGAUGUUGUUUGAUUUUUAGUGGACCUAUUGCACUAUUUAUUAAUUGACUUGUGCUUGUUUGAGUGAUUCAAGUGGUGCGACUAUUUCGGAAAAUUGGAUUAUACUAUUGAAUAAUGGCCUUAGCCAGGUAUAAUCAGCAAACCGCGCGCUCCUCUUGGUUGAAGCUCGGGUCGGGCAGCGAGUGCGGCGGUGGCGGGUCGGGCGGCGGCGCGCCAGCUCCGCAGUCGGCGCGCGUCUCCUCCAACGGCGCCGGCGGCAUGGCGGUGAGCCGCGUGCCCAGCCCGCUGCACGACGGGAACACGCCCGUCGCCGAGAACUGGUGCUUCACACAAGUCAAAGUGGUUAAAUUUAGUUACAUGUGGACAAUAAACAAUUUUAGUUUCUGUAGAGAAGAAAUGGGUGAAGUGUUAAAAUCAUCGACUUUUUCAGCCGGUGCUAGUGAUAAGUUAAAAUGGUGUCUCCGCGUUAACCCUAAAGGACUAGACGAAGAGAGCAAAGACUACUUAUCUUUAUAUUUAUUAUUAGUGUCGUGUAAUAAAUCAGAAGUGCGUGCGAAGUUCAAGUUUUCAAUAUUAAACGCUAAGCGGGAAGAGACAAAGGCGAUGGAGUCACAGCGAGCGUACAGAUUCGUACAAGGCAAGGAUUGGGGAUUCAAAAAGUUUAUCAGAAGAGAUUUCUUACUGGACGAAGCGAACGGCCUCCUGCCCGAAGACAAGCUGACGAUAUUCUGUGAAGUGUCAGUGGUUGCGGACAGCAUCAACAUCAGCGGGCAGAGCAACGUGAUCCAGUUUAAAGUACCAGAAUGUAGAUUAUCAGACGACCUAGGCGCUCUCUUCGACAAUGAAAGAUUUUCCGACGUCACGUUAGCGGUGGGUGGCAGGGAGUUCCAAGCGCAUAAAGCUAUAUUAGCAGCGCGAAGUCCUGUAUUCGCAGCAAUGUUCGAACAUGAAAUGGAAGAAAGGAAAAGGAAUCGAGUGGACAUCACGGACGUGGACCACGAAGUGUUAAGAGAAAUGUUACGUUUCAUAUACACCGGCCGCGCGCCCAACCUGGACAAAAUGGCCGAUGAUCUCCUAGCAGCUGCCGACAAGUACGCGUUGGAGCGGUUAAAAGUAAUGUGCGAGGAAGCAUUGUGCUCGAGCCUCUCGGUGGAGACGGCGGCGGACACGCUCAUACUGGCGGACUUGCACUCCGCGGACCAACUCAAGGCGCAAACCAUUGACUUCAUUAACACGAGUCACGCGACGGACGUGAUGGACACGGCGGGGUGGAAGAACAUGAUCUCGUCGCACCCGCACCUGAUCGCGGAGGCGUUCCGCGCGCUGGCGACGCAGCAGCAGCAGAUCCCGCCCAUCGGGCCGCCGCGCAAGCGCGUGAAGCAGGCCUAGUGCGGCGCCGCGCCCCCGCCCCGCCCCCGCCCGCCGCCGCCCCGCUCCCAUACCAAAGACCCGGCGCCGGCGCACGCCGCCGCUCGCCGCCGGGCAUCUGCGGAUUCCGCCCCUCGUUUGCUAUGAUUGAUCUCAGGACGAUAUUCGAGCCGCCGCGGUCGACUAUUGUGCCGAUUUUAAUUGAUUACUUUUAAUGUGUACCGUACGCCGCGAACGUCCGCCGGACGCUGUUCGCGGGACGCCGCGGUCAGUUCGGAUGUAGGCUUGGAGUUUGAUGUUUAUGUAUGUCGUUUUGUGCGAGUUUAGUUGCGGCCGUUCGUUGUGAGCUGUGACGAUCACGUGUGAGACGGGCGGCCCCGUGCGCCGGCGCCGUCGGGGCCGAGGCGCCGCCCGUCAGCCGUGUUCGUGUGCAGGAGUCGUAACUUUCGAAUUAUUUGAAGUGAUCGUGCCGCGAUUUGAGCGCUUGCGUUGAAAUAAAUAUUGGUGUUUCACGUUCUCGAAAUUCCAAAACGAUUCUCCUUAGACGUUUAAAAGUAGGCCUUUUGAAAAUAUUUUGAUGUAGCGCGAUAACUGAAUGCAAUAAAUUCGUGUAAAAUUUUGUAACAUAGAUUUGUAUACAAAUGCCGGUGGAUACGAAUGUUCUUGUUCGUACUUAAAAUGGCAUUAUAUUAUGUACAAAACUAUGAAACAAUAUUAUAAAGUUGUAGGGGACUCGAGUGAUUGUAUAAGUGUAUUGAAAUUGUUGGCAUUGUAUAUAGAAGAGCUACGAUCCCACCAUUAAAAUAUUUCUAAGUACUAACUCAUAAGUGGUAUCACAGGUGACACCAUUUUAUUUUUAAUGUGUCUGUAGGAUGUUAUUCCAAUGACAUAUUGUGAUUUUUCAUUUAUAUUUCCAUAGAUUUAAAACACCAUUCUGUUUUAUUUAAGGGAGAGUGAGGUAAUUUCGAUAAAUUUAUAUAAAUCUCGAAUAAUAAACGGGCCCACAGCUCUAGUUCUGCUGUGAUCAAUAAGAUUAUAAGUUAUCUUUAAUAACAUUAAUUAUAUAACAACAUUUUAUAAAUGUUGGAUAAACAAACCCAUUUUUUUUAUAAAUUCACUAAGUUGGUUUGAAUGAUCCUCAAGGCUUGCCGUAUCAGUGGACAAUGAGCUGAAGGAGGUCAGAAUCAGUGUUGCACUAUUACUGUGUGCUAAUUUAUUUCAAUACAUAAUUAUAGUAAAUCAAUUUUUAUCCCAUUUUUAUCCAUUUCCUUUCUUUGUUCAUUCAUUAUUUUACUGAGAAUCAUACUUUGAUGAUUUGUUAUUUUCAUGAAAUUUAUUAAUCAACUUUCUUUUUUUGUAUAUUUUUUUUGCUGGGAAACGUUAGUCUUUAUAAUUAUAAGAUUGAUGUAUGGUAGAAUAAGGUGAUUGCAUUUGACUACAAUGUGUGUGAUAACUGAUAAUAUCGACUUAUAUUUGUAAAAGCGUUAUAUUAGUUGGUGAUCGAGAUUACCCACUCUCCCCUGCGUGUAGAUCACCACAAUAAUUUAAAAUGUGAAUGUAUUGUUAUUGUUGGUUUCGCUUCAUCGAUUGUAAUUUGUAUAUUGCGUGUCUCGUCGCCAGUCGACAUUUUCAUUUUGCUCAUUACAUACUAUUCACUCAUGUGUAUAAUAUAUUUGAUCUAAAUUACAAACAUCUAUGUAUAAAUUUCACUUAUUUAUUAGCAUUAUUUUAUCUUUACUUUGAAUGACAACUUAGCAAACUUUUAUAAAAGCUUAUUUUAAAGUUUGUCUACAUUUUAUAAGUAUAUAAUGUAACUACUCAACAGUAAUGUUAAUGAAUGUACCGUGGCCAAUAAAUAAUAUUUAAUACCAUUUUAUACCCACUUUCCAUAUACAUAGCUGACCUCUGUUCUCAUGUAAUUGUAUGGUUACAUGCAAAACAAUUGUCAAAAAUAACUGUGAUUUUCGAAAUUGUCAGUAAGUUGAGCAAAUAAAUGAAACAAUUUA